AUGUCUACACUCUCUGUCUGUCUGUCUUUCUAUCCAUCUCAGUCCAACUCAUCUAUCUAUCUAUCUAUCUAUCUAUGUGUUCAUAUCUAUCUAUCUAUCUAUCUAUGUGUUCAUAUCUAUCUAUCUAUCUAUCUAUCUAAAUCGGUCUUUCAUUAUCUAUCUAUCUUAGUCUGUUCAUUAUCUAUCUAUCUAUCUUAUCUGUUCAUUAUCUAUCUAUCUAUUCUUAGUCUAUUCAUUAUCUAUCUAUCUAUCUUAUCUGUUCAUUAUCUAUCUAUCUAUCUUAGUCUGUUCAUUAUCUAUCUAUCUAUCUUAGUCUGUUCAUUAUCUAUCUAUCUAUCUUAUCUGUUCAUUAUCUAUCUAUCUAUCUUAGUCUGUUCAUUAUCUAUCUAUCAUCUUAGUCUGUUCAUUAUCUAUCUAUCUAUCUUAGUCUGUUCAUUAUCAUCUAUCUAUCUUAGUCUGUUCAUUAUCUAUCUAUCUAUCUUAUCUGUUCAUUAUCUAUCUAUCUAUCUUAGUCUGUUCAUUAUCUAUCUAUCUAUCUAUCUUAGUCUGUUCAUUAUCUAUCUAUCUAUCUAUCUUAGUCUGUUCAUUAUCUAUCUAUCUAUCUAUCUUAGUCUGUUCAUUAUCUAUCUAUCUAUCUAUCUUAAUCUGUUCAUUAUCUAUCUAUCUAUCUAUCUUAGUCUGUUCAUUAUCUAUCGAUCUAUCUUAGUCUGUUCAUUAUUUAUCUAUCUAUCUAUCUUAGUCUGUUCAAUAUCUAUCUAUCUAUCUAUCUUAGUCUUCUGUUCAUUAUCUAUCUAUCUAUCUAUCUUAGUUUUCAUUAUCUAUCUAUCUAUCUUAGUCUGUUCAUUUUAUCUAUCAUCUAUCUUAGUCUGUUCAUUAUCUAUCUAUCUAUCUUAUCUUUCAAAUCUAUCUAUCUAUCUUAGUCUGUUUCAUUAUCUAUCUAUCUAUCUUAGUCUGUUCAUUAUCUAUCUAUCUAUCUUAACUGUUCAUUAUCUAUCUAUCUAUCUUAUCUGUUCAUUAUCUAUCUAUUAUCUUAGUCUGUUCAAUAUCUAUCUAUCUAUCUUAGUCUGUUCAUUAUCUAUCUAUCUAUCUUAG